CCUUAAAUUUUCGCUCGCCGUUCGACGCACAUUCGCUUACUGCGAACUAGCUUUCUUACUCGCAUGUUCGCGAACCUUCGCUCGGGGUUGCUACCCUCGCAAUGGCGACCUUGACGUUUCCUAUGGACAAAAACUGCCGAAGUCGCCCCGGCGAAAGACUUUCGCGCCGGUGUGAAGGAGCAGUUCGCCGCGGUGCAAAGGAGUCGAUGCCACUUUCGACUUCGGAACACCGGUGAGAGUGAGCGUACUCGUGGUGCUUGGGAAGCGACGAAGACCAGGCUUGACAGCAUGCAGUCGGCGCUUAUCGUGACCGCUACGCUGAUACUACCCGUGCACCUGCUGUGCGUGCGAGUGCCUCUGCUGAACGACGCGGCCGUUUUCCUCGGCUCGUGGAUACUCACGCUCGUGGCCAGCUACUGGCUGGCGUGCUUCUUGUGGAACAAGACGCUGAGGAGAUCCGUCGAGACGGGAGGCAAGGCGGUGUUGGUGACGGGCUGCGACACAGGCUUCGGCCACCAUGCAGCCAAGCGCCUUGCCGACGUCGGCUUCACCGUGUUCGCCGGCUGCCUGAAUGCCGCCAGUGAUGGCGCCCAAGAUCUCGCCAAAAGGGCAAACGUUCGCGUUCUCCAGCUGGACAUCACCAAGGACGAACAGGUGGAGAAGGCACUGGACGUGGUUAGGACAGACCUGGGAUCAAAUGUGCUUUGGGCAGUGCUUGCCAACGCUGGAAUAACUGCUGUUGGGCCCGUUGAAUGGAAUUCGAUGGAGAGGAUCAAACAAAUCUUCGAGGUCAACGUCUUCGGGCAUGUGCGAGUAGCCAAGGCGUUUUUGCCUUUGCUGAAGAAGUCAAAAGGUCGUCUAGUCUUCGUCACCAGUGGUCUUUGCCGAGCAACCAUACCAGGGAUGACUGUGUAUUGUAUGAGCAAGCACGCCAUGCUCUCGCUAGUGGACGGUCUCCGAAGGGAAUGCGAAGACGAAGGCGUGGACGUUGCAGCCGUAGAACCGACAGCGUACAGGACAAACAUGCUCGAGAACAUCGCCUGCCCGAAGUACGUCGAGGCGGACCUGAAGUUCCUCCCCGAGGAGGCCCGGAGUCUAAUCCCGGAGGACAGCGUGGGCCGUUGGGCGAAGUUUCUGGGCGGCAUGUUCGACAUACUGACGCGCGAUAAUCCCAUGGAAGUUGUGGACCAGAUGAGUUUCGCGGUCAUGGACACCAGGCCCCGGCCUUGCUAUCGGUCCAUGACUCUGCCGGACAAGUUCUACCUGCUCUUUGUCAAGCUGUUCCCGGACGAAGUGUUGGACGUCUUUUUCACGCUGUUUCGGGCAGUGGCCCAGUUCGUGAAGUAGAACAGUGCGGUGACCAGUAGACCAGCCGUGCCACGUUGUAAUAGUCAUAAGUGGUCUUAUCUUCAAGACUUACAGAUUGAUGAAAAUACGCCAGCGUCCCACCGUGGUGGGGAAGUGACGAUGGUGUUCCGCUUCUGAGUGUAAGGCUUGUUACGCGCCCGCUGCAGCAGCAUUCCGAUGAGGGAAAAGGCUUGUGUAAUUAUUUUCAGGCACAUGUAACCCGUGCUAGUCGCAUUUCUACGACUUGAAUAUCACAAUUCCUCUGUCCAAGAUGGAAGAGUUAUGCAUGGCGCCGUGAAGAUAACUUGCGUGAAAAUCGCGAUGUUAGCUUGGCCAACGCAAACAAAGUUAACUGACUCAACUUCUGGAUUACUACUUCGGGGCACAUGCUGGCCGCGCGAAAAUGGAGCAAAAGAGUGCUCAGUACUCGUAGACUUAGUAGGCAUACCGCCUAACUUGCAUCACUUCGGAUUCAUUGCACCACAAGCUGAAUGAUGAAAUACAUUGGCGUUCUGUUUAUUUUCCCAGAAAGCCAGCUUUGUGCAAUUUGGACGAACUUCUGUGGAAUGCUAGCGUGCUUGGUUGGCAGAUUUCGGGGACGAAUUUCAUCCAAGUGGUGGCGCCUAAGCUCAUCAUUGCUACGAGUACUAAUUAAACAUGCCCUCAAUACCAACACGUUUUAAUCUCUUGACUGCGACAUGUGCCCUGAUGUAAAAAGCAAAUAGAAAGCAACGAAUUUCAGGUUAUAUAUAGCUAAUCAACUAUUGUACUGGAGCUUGGGAUGUGUGCCUAGCGGUGGGAGUAAUCAAUUUUAGAUACUUACUGUGCCUUUAGGAACCUAUAAAAAGUAAACAGGAGCAAGAGAACGCAGGUUUUCGAUCAAUUUGAUUUGGUAAAAUGACAGAUCGUGGGCGGAAGAUGAUACUAUCAGACGGCCUGCGUAUCACUACCGACAAAAUGUUCGUAGUAUGAAAGAGAAAGUUUACCUUUGUCAUUUUCGGGGAAUUAUAAAAGUGAAAAGCUGUAGCGUACAAGAUGCGCAUUGUAUUAAGAAAAGCUUAUUGUUAUGCGUGCAGCCCGUGUAUUGCACUGUAAAAUAAAAAAUUGCUAUCCGCGUCAACGACCCUAUGAACAAGAUACUCGUGAUGAGUAUAGUGACUGACCGCAGCUUCUUAUACACCUUAUGCACUCACAUUCGCUUGUAAUCGGUCAGUUCACAAGUAAAAUCAGUCGAAGACCAGUGUUACUUGGUUCAUGUUCUCCAUCUUUUAUUUCCUGAAACCACUGAAUAGCUCCCAUAAGACCAAGUUUUCUGCUUUCUGCAUUUGCUUAAAAAUGUGUUGCAAUAAUCAUAAUCAAUUUAUUCGCUUAGCGCAUAGUAAAAUGCUUUAAAAUUACUCGAAAAUUCCGUUAAGAAACAUUGGGCUGCUUGCACGAGGCGCUUUAUCAUUAAAUAAAUUUACCAGCGACAGUAAGUGGUAGUAGGUUGCUCUGUGGUAGUUACAGGUCUUAUGAGAACAUCAUGUUGGGGAGGGACGAAUGUUCGACGCUUGCAGGAGACUCUUUAGGUUUGCCACUCGGCGACCUGCUCUCCCGCAACAAACUAUAAUAAACUUGCAGCUUUGUGUCCGUGGGGAAGAAUUGGCCUACAAAUAGUGCGAGCUAUCACGUGCACAAGGUUCCAUUACACGAAAAAAUGGGAAAUUUUUAAAUAGGAGUGCAAGUCUGUCUAAUUUAUUCCGCGUCAUGCUAGAAUUGAAUAUGGAUGAUUGUGCCAAAUUGGUUUGCGUUCAUCAUGUGCUUUGCUUCCCUCGAAAUUAACUGCUUUAUUAGGUCUCCAUGAGGAGCUUUUCAACAUGGCGAUUAUACCGAGCCAAAUUUGUUCAUGGCACAUUUUGAAAUGCAAUUCCUUCAGUGUUAUCUAAAUGUGGUGUCGAAUUUUGAAAAGCAUAGCACAGAGUAUUAGCAAACUCUAAAAGUGCUUCGAGACAGCGUAGUCCAUGUCCGCUAAACUGUGCAGUUGUUUACAUUUUUAUUCAGGUGGACAGAGCCUCUGCUCACCACAUUGCUAUCAUUUGUAGAAUGAACAUACCUCAGCUGCAUAGCUUGAUGCACUGGAAUUUGAAAUUGGGUACCAGAUUUUUAAUCACCUGUUAUCUUGACACACCAAAAUUGAACCUCGGGCCCAGUUGGUAUUUCAUCAUCAAAGUUUUAGAGCACAAUAGAACAUUGAACGCCUAUUCCUGUCGUCUGUGUUUGAUGAGCUGCGAAACUGAAGCCCUGAGACGGCUUGUUCCCUCUUUGGACAUUUCAAGAUAUGCUACCUAAGGACAUUUUAAUUUUAACAUUAAGAAAAGCGCUGAUGUUCCGUUUUUGUCUUUGCAGCUUUUUUACGGCAUAGAACAUACCGAGGAGACAGCUCUAUGUGAAGCCGUCUCAACCUUGCAGCGGUGUGAAGUGGAAUCAAGGAAAUUCGCCUUUCGGCUGUGAAGCUAUAUCAGGCAAAUGGGUUUCACUGCUGAUGUAGCUUGCAGAAGUAAAAUAAAUUAAGUGCAUCUGCAUAUCUAGAAGAGCAGGCAAUUCUAUCUUCUGGCUGUGUGUGGGUAACUUGCGAAGGUGUGCCAGAGCCCCAAAUAAAAGAAAAGGCGUGAAUUUUGCCAGUUACAUAACAUGUAGUUAUGCAUGUGGAACUGAAAGUGACAGUCUGAAAGGAUGACAUUUUCAUUUUCAUGCUUUGUACAUAAUGGUUCCAAUAUUUACACAUAGAAUAUAGCUUUAUCAGAAGAUAAUUUCUAUCUUCUUCAAAAUAUCGUAUGGAAGUCCGAAAGUAGUGGUAGCACUUUUUGGAGCAAUGUUUGUUGCAUGCGAAAUAAGUAUUGUACAGCAUUUCCUUGCGGUUUCUGAACUGACAAUUUUCCUUACUGAUUGCAUCUGUAAAAAGCCACACCUGUGAUAAUAAAGACAUGCAAUAAAUUAUUGUUAUUUAAGCAUAAA